AUGGCGAGAACUAAGCAAACUGCAAGAAAGUCCACUGGUGGUAAGGCACCAAGAAAACAACUAGCUUCCAAGGCUGCUAGGAAGUCUGCACCAUCUACUGGUGGUGUGAAGAAGCCACACAGAUAUAAGCCCGGUACUGUUGCUUUGAGAGAAAUCAGAAGAUUCCAAAAGUCCACGGAGUUGUUGAUCAGGAAGUUGCCCUUCCAGAGGUUGGUUAGAGAGAUUGCUCAGGAUUUCAAGACCGAUUUGAGGUUCCAGUCGUCUGCUAUCGGUGCUUUGCAGGAGUCGGUUGAGGCAUAUUUGGUUUCUUUGUUCGAGGACACCAACUUGGCCGCUAUCCACGCCAAGAGGGUUACUAUCCAGAAGAAGGAUAUUAAGUUGGCCAGAAGGUUGCGGGGUGAAAGGUCCUGA